AUGCUGCCCCAAGAAGCGCUGCAACCGGGCUCGCCGCCAACCACGCUCUCCAGGUCCUACUACUCCAGCCACAAUGCGCCCGCUGCGCAUCCUACCGUCUUGACCGGAUUCCACCAGGCCUCACACCUCGAUGACGUGCGGUUGUCGAGAUACAACAACAAUCUUGGCUCGACGGCCAAGGGCAUCAUGAUAGGCAUCUUCUCCGUGCUGGCCGCUGCGGGACUAUGUCUUAUCAUCGCCGCCAUUGUUUACUAUUUCCGGUACACCAACCAGGGACGCAUCUUCCUCGACCGGAUAACGCGGCCUGGUGAAUAUGACGACGAACAGCAAUUUGCCAAGGAGGAGGCCGAGGCGCUAGAGGAUAUGGACGAUCUGCAGAGAACAGAGUACAUGAGAGCGAAGGCGUUUGUGCAAGCAAACCCACCCGAAUCCGUCCAGACCGACAUAUCUCUUUCGCAAUUCCUCGCCAUACAAGAGAAGGGCGUGUCUGCCUGGGAGUUUGAGCCUGAACUUGAGAUCGCCAACUGCUUCGUCGAAGGCCGAACCGAAAUUGAGUUCUUUGAUUCCGAGUGCAGCGUCCAGAGCAACCUCCCGAUACCGAAACAAAAUGAAGUCUACUACUGGGAAGCCAAGGUUUACGAGAAGCCCGAAAACACCAGCAUUGCGAUAGGCGUCACAACGAAGCCCUACCCGUUGUUCAGAUUACCCGGGUACCACAAAGCCUCGAUAUCAUACAUGUCCAAUGGAAACCGCCGAUACAACCAGCCCUUCCACCCAUCCGCCUAUGGUCCUGCUUAUGUCCAAGGAGAUGUCAUCGGAGUUGGCUACCGACCCCGAACUGGAACCCUCUUUUUCACACGAAAUGGCAAGAAACUUGACGACGUUGCCCAUGGUCUCAAAACCCAGAACUUCUUCCCCACCGUAGGCGCAAACGGUCCUUGCCAAGUGCACGUCAACUUUGGCCAAAUGGGCUUCGUCUUCAUCGAGGCCAACGUCAAAAAGUGGGGUCUAGCUCCCCAAACCGGUAGUCUGGCUCCUCCGCCACCAUACGGCAGCGAACAAGGAUCGAUUCUUCUCGACUCUGGUCGCGAAGGUAUAAGAGAAGGCAUGGCCGGAAGUUACAUCCAAGCAGGUUACGGACAUGGACGGUCAAGUAGCCAGCAAAUGCGUCUUGGAAGACAGGUACCGACAAGUCCAGGACCACAGCGCAGUCCCACAGAUAUCUCAUUAGCAGCACUCAGUCUUGUGGAUUCAAAUGAAGACACUGCCGGCGAAGGACCCAGCGAUGAUCAUACUACAACCAUUCCGGUGAACCAAGGUCAAGGUCUUGGGCUCUUACAACCUGGCGAACUUCCCCCCGAAUAUAGCAGCCCCGUUGGCUCGCCUAGUCUGCGAAACACAAUCGAUCACCAAGACGGAUACAACUGGGACGAGCGAGCACCGCUUCUACAACGGUCUGGCUCAGCUAGUCCUGAAGUACCUAGCUACGACGCUGCUAUGGCUGAUACACCAGGGAUCAGCCGACCAACUAUUCGAGUACGCAGUGCGACUGAAGCCGGCGUUCGGCCACGACCGAGAGGACCGAGGUGA